AUGGCGACCCCCAAACCACCCGAAACAUUAGAAAGACUACUAGAAGCUACUUCCAAAACAGCCCGAGUUCACCAUUACACCGAGCCUUUGGGACUCCGACAACCCUCUGUAGGCGACAAAGGCGGAACCAAACGAGGACGGCCCAGAUACGAGGGCACAGCCGGCGACCUCAACAAAGCGACUAAAGAGAUUGUGGAGCAAAUCUCUGACACGUAUCUCUCCGUGGAAAAACUAUGUGAGGCAAUACGUUCGCAACCUACCUUUCUCGAUACGAACGUGGAGCCACUCAUGAAGAAGUACGGUCCCAUGUUAUGGAAGCACGAUGGUGGCUUCAAGCCACGCGCCAACGACAUCGACGAACUGAACCAGGACUAUGUUCGUCCCGAUUACCUCUUGUAUAAAGAUGAUCAAAAUCGCAACAAGUCAGUAUCGUGA